AUGGACAUCCGUAGACCACACCAAGUACGAAGAGUCGAAGAAUUACAGCCGAAGUCGAACUUGCUCAACACCAGUCUAGAGGCAAACAAGAGUAUGGAUCCAUCUGGACAAGAGCCUCUAAACCGGGAGCCUCCAGCCAAGACCCUGGUUAGUCAAUUUCUCACCCCUCAAGACACCAGUUACGACCGCAACCAUGGCCAAAUACCCCACAUAAACGGCGAGACCCACUCUGUCCGCGUGGACGGUCUUGUCAAGAACCCGUUAUCACUCACCAUAGACCAGCUACGGUCCGACUUCGCUCAACAUGAAGUGACCUGUGCACUGGAAUGUGCCGGUAAUAGACGACACACGAUGCGCACGCUCAUGAAAGAAGUUCAGGGAAUUGACUGGGCCGAUGCGGCGAUUAUGAACUGUAAAUGGAAGGGGCCUAGUCUACGAGAUGUUCUUCUUCGUGCGGGUUUGUGUGUGGAGACCGCCGAUCAAGAGAGCGAGUUGCAUGUAGCUUUUGCUUCUUAUCAGGCCAAAUGUCAAGAGGACGAGUGGUUUGAGGCCAGUGUUCCGCUGAAGAUGUGUUUGCCGACGGAAAGGGAGGCCAUUUUAGCCCUUGAAGUGAAUGAUUCUCCACUCACAAAUAACCACGGAUACCCCGUUCGAGUCGUUCUCCCCGGCAUCGUGGGUGUCCGAUGGGUGAAAUGGAUCGAUCGUAUCAUAAUUCAAAACCACGAGUCACCCAACGUCUACCAACAACGUGAUUACAAAGUGCUACCCCCAGAUGCAGUCGAUAGCAAAUCUGCAGAAAAAUACUGGCAAAGUACCCCACCUAUGUACGAUAUGCCGAUCAAUUCUGCCAUAGCUGUGCCUGCAGAUGGAGCGACUGUGACGUUGUCUUCGACUUCUACGGUGGAAGUAAAAGGGUAUGCCAUCCCACAGGGCGCAGACGGACCUGUAACUCGUGUUCGAGUAUCAGGAGAUGGUGGGAACUCGUGGGUCGAUGCCCAAUUAGAGGGCUCGGAUGAGAAUAUGAAGUGGUGUUGGGUUUUAUGGACUGCGAACGUCAAAAUAACCCCUGGCAUACACAGGGAUAUUUUGAGCUGUGCUACGGAUGCAAAGUCUAACUCGCAGGAGCGAGAGCAUUCUCCGUGGAAUUUAAGAGGUAUUGGGUAUAGUGGAUAUGGCCGAGCCAGAGAUUUAAAUGUGGUUGAAUAA